AGGACGGCUCAGAUGGAGAAGGCUGCAGCUGGAUGCCACUGGGACAGGAUGCUAUUGUCUAUUUUGGUUUUACUUGAUAUCGAGAAGAAAGCUCUUUUCUACGUAUCUUCAUACUAAUGCAUCUUUCGCCUCAUCCAGUCAGUGGCCAUUGCCAAUUAGGACCUGUUACUUUAAAUGUAUAGCAAAAUUCGUUUGACUGUCUACAGUAGUAUGCUGUGUAACAAGCUUGAAGCUAGCAACUUGAAUUUGAAUGUGAAAACUUCAUAGAAGAAAAACGUCGGUCUCGGUCGUAACACUUAUAGCUUCAAUAAUAUAGAGCUCAAAUGCGACAGUGUUAGUAACGACUAUCAAAAAAGACCAAUUAAGACUGCCUCAACAAUCGCAACAUUAAGCCUGCCAUGAGAUCAUCCUGACGCGACAGAGUGGGGAGAAGAUGGCUGCAGAGCUCUUUCCCACCAAGAAGCUGGCCCCAGCAUCCUCAACCAGCACCACUGAGCAGCAAUACCAGCAACAGAAUCUGAAUAACAACAACACGGUUCACAGCGGCAACUGGCAAGGGCUUUAUCCUACCAUUCGAGAGAGGAAUUCAGUCAUGUUCAACAAUGAGUUGAUGGCAGAUGUUCAUUUUGUUGUUGGCCCCCCAGGAGGAACUCAACGUGUACCUGGGCACAAGUAUGUACUGGCUGUGGGGAGCUCUGUGUUCCACGCCAUGUUUUACGGCGAAUUGGCGGAGGACAACGAGGAGAUCCGCAUCCCUGACGUGGAGGCUCCCUCUUUCCUGGCUAUGCUGAAGUACAUCUACAGUGAUGAGAUUGACCUUUGCGCCGACACCGUCCUGGCCACACUCUACGCCGCCAAGAAGUACAUCGUGCCCCACCUGGCGCGGGCCUGCGUCAACUUCCUGGAGACUAGCCUGAGCGCCAAGAACGCUUGCGUGCUGCUGUCCCAGAGCUGCCUGUUCGAGGAGCCCGACCUGACGCAACGCUGCUGGGAGGUGAUCGACGCCCAAGCGGAGCUGGCGCUGCGCUCCGAGGGGUUCACGGACAUUGACUCUGCGACCCUGGAGAGCAUCCUGCGCCGCGAGACGCUCAACGCCAAGGAGAUGGUGGUGUUCGAGGCGGCGCUGAAUUGGGCGGAGGCCGAGUGCCAGCGCCAGGAGCUGACACCCACCAUCGAGAACAAGCGGCUGGCGCUGGGCAAGGCCAUCUACCUGAUCCGCAUCCCCACCAUGGCGCUGGACGACUUCGCCAAUGGCGCGGCACAGUCGGGCGUGCUGACGCUCAACGAGACCAACGACAUAUUCCUGUGGUACACGGCAGCCAAGAAGCCUGAGCUGCUGUUCGCCAGCAAGCCGCGUAAGGGCCUGGCGCCCCAGCGCUGUCACCGCUUCCAGUCAUGCGCCUACCGGAGCAACCAGUGGCGCUACCGUGGCCGCUGCGACAGCAUCCAGUUUGCCGUGGACAAGCGGGUGUUCAUCGCCGGCUUCGGCCUGUACGGCUCAAGCUGCGGCUCGGCUGAGUACAGCGCCAAGAUCGAGCUGAAGAGGCAGGGCGUGCCGCUGGGCCAGAGUCACAUCAAGUACUUCUCAGACGGCUCAAGUAGCACCUUCCCAGUGCGAUUCGAAUACCCUGUGCAGAUCGAGCCGGACACGUUCUACACGGCCAGCGUCAUCCUGGACGGCAACGAGCUCAGCUACUUUGGCCAGGAGGGCAUGACGGAGGUGCAGUGCGGCAAGGUCACCUUCCAGUUCCAGUGCUCUUCUGACAGCACCAACGGGACAGGGGUGCAGGGGGGUCAAAUCCCAGAGCUCAUCUUUUAUGCUUGAGGUUUUAACACACCACUUCCCUACUGCCAUAGUAAAUGCACUACGUUUACCAGGGAGGGGUUGUACAUGGCUCUUACCAAGAUUGUAAAGUUAAAAAAAAAAAAGAUUAAUUGUGGUGGUUCUUUUGUUUGAUAUUCAACGAUUGCCUUAUGUAGAAUGAAGUGGAUGUUAUUGACUUGAAGCUGGGUUGCUGUGACCAAAUAUUUUUCUUUGUUCAAUGAAGGCAUUUGUUCCUAGAACAUACGACAGUCUUGUUUUACUGUUCACAGUUGUCAUUUCAACUAAACUGUUAAGCUAAGUAUGUUGUGGGUAUUUUUACCUCAAGCUGAUACAUUCCUACUCUAUUUUAAGAAAAACACUUCAACUUGAAUGCAAUAUUUCAAACGAGAAACUACAUUGAUAAAGUAAAAUAUUUUCAGACUUGAUAUAGUUUUGAUGUUGCAAUUAAAUUUUUAUAUCUUUAAAAUGUGUUUUUGUGAUGCUUUAUAUUUGUUACCUAAGUAUCCCUUUGUGUUUUCUGUGUAGAUAAAUAACAAUAUAAACCUGUGAGGUUUAAAUUGUAAACAUCUUGCAUUUAUAAAUUUAUGAACACAGUUGUAACUCUUGUUGCACUACUAUUGGUCCCUUUUUGAAAUGGGAUGGCCUUUUAUCUUGCUUACUUAUACACUUUUUUAAAGUAGGUGGAAACCUACAUUGACAUUGUAGAUUUCAGUGGCAAUAUGCCAGUGCUGUGAGUUUCAGUGCCAAAACUUAUGAAUGUGUACCAUUUAAAUCUGAAAUAAAAUCAAGUUCUGCUA